AUGGUUUCCUCUACCGUAAUUGGGUCUCUGGCCUCCAGAGCCAUUUUCUUAAUGUCUAGUCAUAUCACCAACCGCGCCGACUCGGCAACAUACGCCUCUCAUACCGUCGAUGGCCUGAAGACUCUCCAGACUUGGUACAACCGCAACACAGGUCUAUGGGAUACCACUGGUUGGUGGAAUAGCGCCAAUUGUCUAACUGUGCUGGCCGACUUUGCUGUCUUGAACCCAAGUGCUUCUGAUAGCCUAAAUAUCCCAGAUAUCAUCCAAAAUACUUAUGAGCAAGCACAGAAGACGCAAGUACAAGCGUCGAAGGUCCUAUCGGUGGCAGGUCUUCCUAUCUCCACAUACACUAGGGUAACGAAACGAUCUGAAAUCGAGAAGAGAGGGUUCGAUAACUUUCUCAACGACUACUACGACGAUGAAGGAUGGUGGGCGCUAGCUAUGAUCCACAGCCAUGACCUCGGCGUUCAAGGGCUGGGAGACCAGCAAUAUAUUCAAGCUGCGGUUGAAAUCUUUGAGGAUAUGAAGAAGGGUAAUUCGACCUGCGGUGGUAUCUACUGGAGUAAGGUUGGAACGUACACGAACGCCAUUGCGAACGAGCUCUACCUUAGUGUCGCCGCCUCUCUUGCGAACCGGAUACCUGCUAGGAAAGAUUAUUUCCUGAACACCGCCUUGGCACAGUGGAACUGGUUUAAGAAUAGCGGGCUGAUCAACAAAGAUAACCUUAUUAAUGAUGGACUCACGGACGCAUGCAAAAACAACGGCAUGCAGACCUGGACCUACAACCAGGGCGUCAUUCUAGGUGGUCUAGUCGAGCUUCACCAAGCUACGGGCGAUCAGUCACUACUCACCCAGGCGCAGACCAUCGCCGCGGCUGCUAUCUCGCAUCUCAGCAAAGAUGGCAUUCUUUCCGACGGUUGCGAGCCGAACUGCGGAAGCGAUGGAUCGCAAUUUAAGGGUAUCUUUAUGCGGAACUUGCACUACCUACAAAAGGCGGCGCCCAUGGAUGCGAUUAAGAACUUCCUGCUUACGAACGCUGAUACGAUAUGGGCUAAGAACCGUAAUGCGCAGAACCAGCUGGGAGCUAGCUGGGAAGGACCCUUCUCUAACGCCACGGCGGGCACGCAAAGUUCCGCCCUGGAUGUUCUGGUGGCGGCGGCGGCUGUAGCAUGA